AAAAGUACAUCCACUCUGCUGGUUUGCUCGUCACACAUCAUGGGUUCUUGUAAAGGUUACAACUGUUAUCCUCCGCUUUUCAUCCAGGAACAUUUCUAUGACCCAGUCUCCCACAGUGGAUUUAUUGAGAUGAGACUUCGAAAUCUACGGAGGAAACUUCAUGAUGAUCAGCGUCGCUACCAGCGCAAACGUAGUCGAUUCAGUGAUUCCUCUGGUGUGUCUAUUACUUUGGAGGUACCUGCUGAAGAAGAGGAAGAGUCCUCUCGGGAGUGGACGACUGUGAUCAAAAGGAUGAAACCAUCUCCAGAAAACCUCAAUACCAUCAAAUUGGGCAUGGAGAAAACAUACAGUAAUCGCAGGUUAUGGGUCGCAAACAAGUCCCCAACAGUGAAAGAAAUUUUUGAACAAUAUCCUCGAUUUGUAGACAUGCCAUACUUGCUUGACACUGAGUUUGGAAAAAUGUUUCCUGGUAAGGCUGACCUAUUUCUCCGAAAAUUGGAAGGAAAUAUUGUUCCAAAAUUGCAAAAGAUGUCCACAGUGAAAAAUCCUCUGGUCAUGCCAACUGAUAAUGAGAUUGAAGAUUCAUGUUACAGAGCUCUUCAAAUUCUUAUUACAUUGCUGCCCCCCACUGCGUCAGGAAGGAGCAAAGGGUGGGCCAAAUGCAGUACAAAGUCAGCCCUUGCUUAUCUCCUGGACAUUAAGCCAGCUGGAACCAGCAUCUCCAGCCUCCUGGAUAAUUCCCAGACAAUGUCGGAAAGCCAUCAACCCCACAUUGUCUGUUUAGGAGCCCCAAGUUCUACAGCGCAAUACAUCAUUGUGGCGGAGAAUGACAAAGUCACCAUUCCACUUGAGGAUAACAGUCUGACGUGUGCCAUCGACAAGCUGUUUAAAAUGUAUUGGGUUUGCAAUGUAGAAUAUCCUGUCCAACUCACAUCUGUCUUUAAUUUCUUUGAAAAUGUGUAUGAUAUUCCAUUCUCUGGUGGGAAGAGAUCUAAAGUUGUGGAGCUUAUUUCAAAGCUUCAAGCACUUUCCUAAAUUGUACCACCAUGUACAUAUGUCCGAAGUGCAAAAAAUCUACUUCGAAAGACAUCCGGAAACUUUUAAGUCAUCUUAGGCAUGUCCAUGCUCUUUCUGAUGGACAGGAUUAUACAAUUGUUUGUAGUCAAAACAAAUGUCAACGAACAUACCAUAACUUCAAUUCUUAUGCUAAACAUCUCAAUAGAGAGCAUGCUCAAGCUGCAAACCCAGUACAUUUAGAACAAGACUCUGACACCAGCAUGAGUGAGGACUUCUCAGCUGCAUCUUGCUCUGCUGCUGAUAUUCUAGAGACAAAUUUUGAUGGUUCCAGUAAUUGCAGGACUUCUGACUACCAAAGCUGUGCAGCAGCAUUUGUUGCAAAAAUGUACUCCUCUUCAAAUUGUACCCUGACCGAUGUGCAAAGAAGCAUCACAUGCACAAAAGAAUUACUCUGUGAAACCCUGGACUGUUUGCAAGAGAGAACCACAUCUCUGCUUAAUCGUUACUCUAUACCCAAUGAUGAAGUGCAGACUUUGAUGGAAGAUUUUGAAAGAGGACGAAAUAUGUUUGAGGAAGUUGAUACCCCCUACAAAAUGACCAAGUAUUUUGCUGAAAACCAUUCUUUUAUUAAGCCAACACAAAUCUUCCUUGGAAACAGAGGUGACACUGCAAGAAAGCAAGGUAAAUUAACUCAAGUGUUAAUAGCAGAUACAUGUCAAUACAUAUCUAUUAUUGAUACACUGAAGUUUCUUUUUGACAAUGAACAAAUGCAAAAGCUUUUUGUGGUUUCGAACGAAAGUGAUGGUAAAUUGCGUGACUACUGUGAUGGCUCACAUUUUAAAAAUCACAAAUUGGACAGCAGAUUUCCUCAAGCUUUACAAAUUCAACUUUAUUUUGAUGAUUUUGAAACAACAAAUCCUUUAGGCUCUAAAACCAAAGUUCACAAAAUGGGAGCAGUUUAUUUUUGUUUGAGGAAUCUACCUGCUAGAUUUAACUCAUCUCUUGAAAACAUCCACCUAUGUUUGCUUUUUAAUUCCAUUGACAAAGAAGUAUAUGGUUUCAACAAAAUAUUUGAGCCAUUGUUGGAUGAUAUUAAAUUUCUUGAAACCAGAGGGUUAGAAGUUCAGAUAAAUGGCCAAAGUUCAGUGUUAUUUGGCACAAUAUGCUUAUUUACUGCUGAUAAUCUGGCCUGCCAUUCACUUGGAGGAUAUUUAGAAAGUUUUGCAGCCAACAAAUCCUGUCAUUUCUGGCUGAUUGACAAACAUGAGAUGCAGGGUAUAUUUGAUGAUGAUUGUGUCGAGAUGCGCAAUGAAGUUAAUUACAAUGAACAUGUCAAGCUUAAAAAUCCUAGUUUAACAGGCAUAAAAGCAGACUCUUGCCUAAACUCUCUAGAGUACUUUCAUAUAACCGAUAAUGUCUGCGUUGACAUUAUGCAUGACCUUUUAGAGGGUGUGGCUCCACUCGAGAUCAAACUAAUGUUACAACAUUUCAUCUGUGAGCAAAAACUUUUCACUUUAGACCAGAUGAAUGACCGAAUGAUUAGCUUUGACUAUGGUGUGACAAACGAGAAAAACAAGCCUAGUGCCAUUCAUAAUUUAAGAACAUCAGAGAACCCCAUUAAGCAAAAUGCCAGUCAAAUGUGGUGUCUCAUCCUUUGUUUGCCUUUCCUGAUUGGAAAUUUUAUAAGUGAAGGUGAUAGUAACUGGAAAUUGUUCCUUCUCCUUAGAGAAAUUUGUAGUAUAAUUUUUGCACCAGUUGUUACCAAAGGAUUAGCUGUAUUUUUAAAGCAGCUAGUUAUUGAUCACCAUAAUUUGUUUAAGACUCUAUAUCCAAACAAAUCACUAAUACCAAAGCAUCAUUUUAUGACUCAUUUCUGGCGAAUGAUGUUAAAAUUUGGCCCACUGUCUAAAUUUUGGUGCAUGAGAUUUGAGGGAAAGCAUGGUCCUCUAAAAAGACAAGCACAAGUUGUAUGUAAUUUUGUAAAUAUUAGUAAGACAUUAGCCUACAAGAGUCAGGUUCAGACUAUGUUUCAUUGGAAACUGGGAAGUCCAUUAACAGAAAAAAUUACUGUCCGAAAUGUUUUUCCAGUCAUGGUCGGAUCUUUGGAAAAAAAGUGUUCUGUUUGUUGAAAACAUGAGAGACUUUGGCUAUGAACUUGACACAUGUAGCACUGUUUAUGUUUCUCACUCUGGUGGUGUGUUUGGUCAGACUUUUCAAACUGGUUGUGUACUUGCUUUAAACUGUGACUUAAGAGAAGAGCGUCUCUUUGGUGAAGUUUUACACAUAGUUCCACAAUGUGAAAAAAAAAUUGUUUUAGUUUUUCUUAGAAUUCUAUCACAAAUGUACUUUCACCCACACUUGUAUGCUUAUGCAGUUCAAAGAACAAAUGAAUACAAAGUGAUUAAUUUGAGCAAUGCUGCUGAUGUAAAACCUCUUCACAUGAUUUCCUACGAAGAAAACCUUUUUGUAAAUCCAAGAUAUAAAAUUGUUUAAAAAUGUCUUCAUGAAAUUCAAAUGACAUGUGAAUGUUGACUUUGU